AAAAGUGCAGAUGCAGUUACUCGUGGGCCAUGGACGCGGAUGUUUUCGGCUGCAGCUGCAGCUGGAGCACCCGCAUAAAAAGAUAAAAAUCAUAUGGUGGGAAGCCCCAGGGCUCGCAUAAUGUCCCCGACUUGAUGGACAUUUUGACAGGUCGACUUAGCAUGGAAUACAAACAAUGAUGCACAUUAGUCACAUUGCACGGCGAGUGGCAAUUGGAAAGGCGAGGAAAGGAAUUCGAAACGAAAGUGUCCAACGAACACAACCGAGGGGAUCAUGAAAACGUGUCGAACAAUUUUCAAUUUAUUUAUGCUUAGAGGAAAAGUGAUUUGUGUAGUGUUAGGAAGACAUUUCUUGACAUUGAGAAACGUGAUAUACAACAGCAAUGAGCAAACGUAUUCUAAAUUCAAUCCAAAGAGGAAUGGAAACAUUUAAAACCCUUGUGAUAAACUUUGUGAUAGCGGUCUUAAUAUUGAAUGUGCACUUGCUUAUUUGGUCUUUUGAAAAUAUCUUGCGAGCAAUUUCAAGAAACCAAUUUUAAAUUUCUUAUGCGGACGACGUAGAACGCCUUAGAAUUUCUCACAAAAACCUAAAAUUAAACUUUUUAUCUUAUCUAACAAAUCAUCUAAAUGUAUUAUUUUUGCUCAUAUAUUAUUUCGCCCGUUAUAUAUAUUAUUGCAAGCAUUUAAAUGGACACAAUUUAUAUGACAAUAUAAUAUGUACAAUAUUUUCAUCAGAAUUUAAAGUACUGCCGCAUUUUAGGUUCACUGCUUCUCGGGAAAAUCCCAUCAAUUUCCGCUUGCUUUGGGACAUUUAUAACGGCUGCCCGGCGGCCAGUGAACCCAAACCGCUUUGGUUCUUCAUUAUUCAUCGAAUGAUACCUGGGCGGAAACAAAGCUGUGUGCAAAUAAAUACUCAUGCGCACCCAAAAGUGCUUAAUGCAAAUCGAUGAACUGCCCCAGCAAAACCCUCAGUACAUUUCCACAGACGUGGGCAGUGAAAGUGGCGUGAAAAAGAGGCGGCGCCGACGAAAUCCAUGUCUUAAGUGAGAGGCCCAGAAAAAAAAGCGGGUAGCUGGGCAGAGAUACCAAAUGCUGGGCCAGUGGCAAGUUGGCAGCAAGUAGCUGGCUUGGCUAUUAGUGGGAAAUGUUUGUGGCCGGCGGGCCAUUAAUUUGGCACUUUAUUAGUCGAAAAUCGCUUUCCGACCCUCUUGGUCCGACGCAGACUCCUUUUAAUGUCCGCCUGCCACAUAAACAGAUCGCUAAGCGAAAGCCCAAAAAAACAAGAAUCCAGAAAAUGCAUUUUCACUCAAGCUUCUUUUUGUUUUUGGCUAAAAAGUUUCGACUUUAUAGCUAUAAUGCGGCACAGCUUUCCUUUCCCUGCGCCAAACGAUGCAUUCAGCAUUACAUGUUUACCAAUUUGCCCUUCUAGUCAAUGGCCACGGGCUAUUACUUGCCAACCAAUCAUAAGAUGGUCCAACUGAAUGGCCCUGAAUAUCCCAUUGACACCCUCGCUGCCAUUUGCGUUACAUAAAAAAUGGCCAUAGGCCACCGUUUAGUAGCUGACAAUGACUUUCUUUACGGCCAAAACUUGUUCUUGAAUGGCGAAAACUGCCAAAAGCCAAAUUGAAAUUAAAGUGUCAACGGCAACGACAACGGCAGCCAGUUGCAGAAAUGGUUAAAUGCCAAAAAAGCGGACUCCUACCAAAAACCACUAAUGCAACUAAUAUGUUUGGCCAUAAACCACGAAAGCUAUGGCUGAAAAAACAAGUCGCAACCCGUUGGAAAUGCCUCGCUGCUGGGCACCUUGGUUCAUUGAGGAGUACUGCUGCCAAUGAUCUUGGCGGCACUGGCGAUGCCAAUCUGUCUAUUUUCUAUCCAAACUGUAAUUUAUAAUAAUGAAAUUUUAAUAUAAGUAAUAAUGUUAUAUAGUAUAUAUACUAGUAUAUAUUAAACAAAAACUCAAAGCUGUUAAGUUAGGUAAACUAACAUAACACAUUACCAGGUCACAAAAUAAUAAAACACAUAUAACAAAAGAUAAAACGGCACUAAAAGCUUAAUUUACUUGUGGAUGUGGAAAACUCAAGUACCAGCACUGACGUACUCUUUUUCCCACCGCUGUGGAAAACCGAGUGGGAAAAAGAGCCAGCACGAGCUGGGGGCCCGAAGUCGCCGCAGUCGCCGACGAUGAAGCCGAGGAAAAUCAAAUUGCGAUCAUCAGGCCGUCGAGCAAGCGCAGAAAGCAAAGAAAGAAAGAAAGGUCUAUAAAAGAACAAAGCGCGACAAGGCUCGGCAUCAGUUUGAUUCGAGCCAGCAGCCAGAGCAAGUUGCUCCCAGUGACUCCAGGUGACAAGGAUUUCUGACCGAAGGACUAAACAACCAAAACAAACCCACCCACACCCAACUGUGUGUGUAGCACCUGUCGCACGGUGCCGCGAGUGUUGUCGACGUCGUUAGUCGGGGGAAAAAAAGUGAAAAGUGACUUAGAAUGAUAUUUAAGCAGUGGCCCUGGCAGGCCCUUAUCAGCCUGCUCUGCGUGUUGUUCCUCGCCAGCAGUUGUGGGGCGGCCACCGAGCAGCUAAGCAGCCCAUCCCAGCCCAGUCCCAGCCCAUCCCAAAGCGCCGGGGCACGGACCCUUCUCCGGGUCUACGACGAAUGCACCCGCGCCGAGGCCGGAUUUGUGCCAUGUCUGAAAAAGAAGGCCAUAUCAUUCAUCGACCGCCUGGCCCCCAUCGAUGCCAUCAACGUGGCCGAUGGCAUCAAGCUGGUGCGCCUGGAAACAGCUCCACGUCCUCCGGCUGCGAGCGAGAACGAGCUGGAGUCCUCGUUGCCGCGCUCCGGGAGCGAUCGGGAUGCCAAGCUCACCAACAUGCUGAUUGAGCGGCUCAGCUACUUCUUCAACGGGCAUUCCCUGCAGGUCAGCUUCCCCAAGCUCACGUCCGAUGAGAUUGGACGCGGACUAGAGGAAGGUCGUGGUAAAAUGAAGAAGAUGAUGGGCAUGAUGAUGAUGGGCAUGGCCAUGAAGAUGAUGGGCAUGAUUCCGAUUGCCAUGGGAGCGCUCUACAUACUGGCAGGCAAGGCACUGAUCAUCUCGAAGAUCGCCCUGCUCCUGGCGGGCAUAAUCGGGCUGAAGAAGCUGAUGUCCGGCAAGUCGUCAGGCGGCAGUUCCGGCUGGUCCUCCGGAGGCGGCGGCGGAGGCGGCGGUGGUUGGUCAUCCGGAGGCGGUGGCGGUGGAGGCGGUGGCUGGGACCGUCGAUCCCUGACCGAGGCUCAGGAGCUGGCCUACCGAGCCCACCACCAGGAGCAGGCGGGCCACGCCCAGAGCCACCCGCAGCUGCAGCAUCCGCAUCCGAAAGUUGCGGUGCCGCAAGUGAGCAAGUCGUAGGGCGGAAAUCCAGAGAUAGUGAAGAGCAGGAGGAGGAGUGACCCCAAGUGUUAGAUAGCUGCAUUUAUCUUGUGGAUAAAUCACGGACGGCGGACGGAUUGUAAUUAGAUACACACUCUUUUUGCACUUGCACUGCGGGGCAGAAAAGAUGACUUGAUGCACUUCCAACGGUUUACCGAUGCACUGUGGCACCUAUGGGUACAUCGUAUAAAAUGUACCCAGAACGUGCGUUCCCACUGGGCACUGCGGACUUUUUAUAAUGAUUAGUAUUUGCUUUAAUCGAUUUCGUUUUGUUCUAUGUAUCGCUCUGUCCUGCUUUGUUCUUCCAGCCGCGUUUUACUGUUGCUGAACCCGGCCUCUAUAUCUUUUUUAACCUGUAUCUAUGUAUCUGUGUAUCUGUGUAUCUGUAACUCACUGUGCAUCAAUUCCUAUGGCUAACUGCACUUGCAAUUUUCAAUUACCUGUCGUACUUCCGCUUCUGUAGCCCGUUUCCAAGUCCAACUCACUCCACUGUCGCACUUUGAUUAACUCAAGCCUGUCUAGCUGUACGUAGCCACUAAGUAUAAUAAUUUAUUUAACUUUAUUAUUUAUUUACCAGCCUUAAGUGUGAAUUGCAUGUAAGCAGCAAAGUUUUCAAAAAACAGAAAAGAGCAAAAAAAAAUGUAUACAAAUAAAAUCACUGAUACCAAG